AUGCGCAUCCUAAGUCCAUUCAGUCUGCUUCGUUUCUCACUUUACCUCGCGGUCGCGGUGCCCUCUGCCGCCGCGGUGGUCGGCGAACGCUCGAAGCAUGCCACCUCGCGGGAUCAUCUGGCCGACAUUGUGACUCAAAUUUUGAAGUCUACGGAAGCGCACAACUCUGGCUCCCUUCCACUGGCUACUAUUUACAAGGCGACCGAAAAUGGACAUGCCGCAUCGCUUGCCAUGAUGACAUCAUGGCACACCAUCGUCAAAGCUGAACGGCCUAGCAUGCUCGCAAUCGAUACCAAGCAAGGCUCGGCGUACUUAAUCACCGAUAUCAGCGAAGGAAACAGCGAAAUGGAAGGAAUCCUUCGGGGUCGAGUCAAAGUGGUUGAUGAAAAUAUCACCGAGUUAGAGUUGUUUAUCAACCGCUCUCGCGGUGAUGACGGCUAUGCGUUUUCGGCUGCGGAACUGGCAGAUAAUUAUAAAGUGUUGAUGUCGCCGCCGAAGAAUCGGAAGAAGGCAAGCCGGGCAACGCUGGAAGCUGUAGGUGCGGCUGCUUGGGAUUCGUCUAACAACCUCUCGGUCACAGUGACACCUGCCAUUCACCGAAGUGGGCGCGACAAUCAUCGACACUGGGACAUAAGGAAACGAUUCCUCGUCUCCACUCACCUGCACCUGGUCAUCGAUGAAGAGUUGGGCUUAAUCGUGACCAAUGGUCUGACUCAAGGCAAGGUCUAUCCUUAUUACGGCGACAUUUCUACCUUUAUCCCGGAUUCCAUGUCUUCGAAUCAAAAAUUGCAAGAAGUCUGGUACGAAGAAGUGAAAAAACAAGGAAAUGUAACUCUGGUUGUGCCCACCGAAGCCACCGGGGAAAAUCUCGAAGUGCUCCAGUUCUACGACGACGAGCUUCAGGCCCUUCAGUUCCAUGUCUUCCUGACUGGACCUAAUAUGACAUCAUCCUGGGUGUAG